AUUUAAUUCAUAUAAUUAAUUGAAUUAAAUAAGAAAUGCAUUAUAUAUUAGAAUGUCUAGUUGGACAUGGCCGACUAUAUAAUGCCCUACACAAGUUUAAGUUUAUUAAAAAAACAUUUUUUUAAAUAAGCGCUUAAGAUGAAUAUUACCAUAAUUCAAAUAUAUUUAAGCUAUUUUCUGCAAAAAAAAAAAACUAAUUUUCUAAAAUAGGCUUUACAUUGGAUAUAUGAUGAAAUAUUGGGCGAGCAUUGCAAAAGUCAGUAGAAUCAUAUGGGCUUUAUAUAAUUAAGUUAUUCCGAAUUUGUUAGAGAUACUAGUUUAUUUGACCAACAAAAUCUUAUUGGAGCUACAAGGGUCUUGGUAUAUAUAUAUGUAUUCUGAAAAAUUUGCAGACUAUUCAGCUAAUAAUCAAAAUGUACAUAAAAUUUUAUAUAAUUACAUAUUUUAAAAAUGUAUAAAGAAUAAUGAAUUUUAUCUUUAAAUAUGGCAAAUACAAUGAUAAAAUAUGUAUAUUAUGUUCUAUAAUGAAGUGAAUACAAAAACCACAUUGCCAAAUAUACAUAGCACUAAUUGGUUUGUUAAAAGUCUGGCUAUAUUUUUUGUUUUCCUUCAUGUUACCAGAUGCUUAUAAGUUUAGUUUAUAUACGUUUGACAGUUCUACUUGUGAGGUUAUGUUUACAAAAAAUAUUUCUAAACAAUAAUUUUCUUAGCACGAAUUGCGCUUUUAUUUGCAAUUUUUCUAAUUUUUACCAGUUGUUUUUACAAAUAACGUUAAUAAUUUAUCUUAAUUUUAAAUUUGUUACAAAUAAAAUGGCCACCGAAGAAGAACAAACGCAAGUUGUUCUGCCGGUAAAGGAACCCUUAGAUUUGAUACGUCUCAGUUUGGAUGAAAAAGUUUACGUUAAAAUGCGUAAUGAACGAGAGUUAAGGGGACGUUUACAUGCAUUUGAUCAACAUUUAAAUAUGGUUUUGGGUGAUGCAGAAGAAACAGUUACGACUGUUGAAAUUGAUGAAGAAACUUAUGAAGAAGUUUAUAAAACAACAAAACGAACUAUACCCAUGUUAUUUGUAAGAGGCGAUGGAGUUAUUUUAGUGUCACCACCUAUGCGUGUAGGUUAAAUCUUAAAAAAAGGAUAAGAAUGUGAAUUUUAAAUUAAUUUAAGUGAAUAAAGAUGAAAUAAGAAAAAAUGAA